AUGUCUCGACACAUAAGAGGCCAAAAUGUAGUCAUCCGGGUUCUUUAUCUUCUGAUAAAGCACGCCUGGUUGACGUUUAUCAAUGUUCACGAUGUGGAGUUUGCCCCAACAAUGGAUGUGAUCCUGCAAGAAACGCUUCCAGCGCUGGAAACGCUGAGGCAAGCAGGAAUUACGAGGAACAUUGGGAUCACCGGGUAUCCGCUGCAGACACUACGGGAGCUGAUCGGAAGAAGUCCUGUCAAGAUAGACAUCGUUCUCAGUUACUGCCGCGGCACGCUGUUCGACCAAACUCUACGAGAACACAUGCCCUUCUUUCAGGGCCGGGGUGUCGGGGUGGCCAACGCGGCUCCGCUGGGCAUGGGACUGCUGACACGUGGACCACCACCACGUUGGCACCCGGCCACCGACGAGCUCAAGGACGCAUGCGCGAGGGCCUAUGCCUUCUGCCAGGAGUCCGGCGUCAGCCUCGAGAAACUCGGCCUCGGCUACAGCUUGUACAAAUUCCCCGGAGUACACACAACGAUCGUCGGCAUGAACAGCCCCGACACGCUUCAGAAGAACAUCGCCAGCAUGGAAGUUACUAAAGACGAGGAGGUGAUGGCUGAUCUCGUUCAACGCAAGUAA